AUGGACGUGGGACGUCGAACGGUCCGAGGAGCAUAUGCGAGUAUCAGACAUAUAGUAUCUGUUCACGAUGUGAGCCCCAUAACGCACGCGUUGGAUGCCUGCUAUUUUCCGAUUUGCAUUGACCCCAUGAUAGUGAAGGGCUUGGUGAUUGCCGCAACCUGCCUCGCAUCGCUGGCAUCAGUUCCUGCCGCUCAGGCGCAAUCGCUCCUCGACGUUGGAACGAAUUCACCUACGCCUCAGCCUGGCUUGUCAGAUUCUCCCCUCACGACAGGCGUAGUCGCCGCGAUAAGUGCACCUCGUACAGACGCACCGGUGACGCCCCCUCCUACCACAGAGCCUACAAGUUCACUGCCAACCCAGCAACCUCUGACACCAUCCCCCCCAACACCGUCAAGUACUCCUGUGACGGAUUCACCAGUACCACCGCCAACUCCAUCUCCACCAACGAAUUCACCUUCGUCGCCGUCGACUUCGCAGCCCGCCCCGUCCACACCGUCACCAUCGGAUCGUCCAUCGAUGGUUCCAUCGGUAAAACCAACAUCGCCUCCGUUGUCCACGAGAUCCUUUGUUGCCCCAAAACCAACCCCGUCCAAGAAUGCCCAAGCAGGAACGACUGCGCCUUCUGCGAGUAGUUUAUCGUUGUCAGGAAUGCAAAGCGGAGGCAGCAGUGGAAGUGUCAUGGGCGGCUCUGUUGUCGAAUCAUCUGCGCCGUCAACUUCUCAAGGUGGCGCGCAACUUAACUCCUUGGCUGGUACUGCCGUUCAAUCUCCAGUGGCUACUAAGGCCACCUCUGACACCAUCACCAGUUCCAAUGCGUUGCCAUCGUCCGGUUCGUCUGUUAUUGAGACUCUGGGGUUCGUUGUCAUGGGUAUGGUGGUUUGCGUCGUCGUCACAAUUGCGAUUGUGAAGCGCCAUCACCGUACUGUUGUCAACGACGACCAUGAUGGCAUUGGCAUAGGACCGAGCUUCCACGAUCCAUCGUCGCAGCCGCACCGUACCAAUCUCCCGGACUCACCCAACGAUUUGGCGGACCUCCAUCAUCCUGCCUUGAACACAAACCAGGCCCUUGGUACGUUCGAAACGUUCAUGGCGUCCUUGCAAGCAAAGAGCCCCCUUGCAAGCAGUGGAUCGGCGUGGCACGCUGCUGCCGAGGUGCAUGAUGAAGUGGGCUCGUACGGCGGGCACUCGACCAAUUCGUCAGGACACGGGUACAGCUCGUCGCUCGGGAGUAGUGUUGGAACCAAGUCAUCUGUACAAAUUUGA